AUGGAUAUACACAGAGCCAGGUUCGUAGACUAUACGCCUUCGACAAUCACUGCGGUCGCCUACUCUCACCCGUCCUCACUAGGUGAACAUGCACCAGCCAGCUUACGUUGUGCAGUAGGCCGCGCGAAUGGUGAUAUUGAACUGUGGAACCCAAAGGACAAUUGGACGCAUGAGCUGACCUUGAAGGGCGGUCAGAGACGAUCUAUUGAAGGUCUGGCGUGGGUCGUUCAGAAGGGAUAUAGCCCACGACUGUUCAGUAUAGGCAGCUCAAGCUCAGUCACGGAAUGGAACUUGGAGCUGCUGCAGCCAAUGGCCAACACAGAUUGCAAUGCAGGUGCGAUAUGGAGUAUUGCCGUGUCUCCAGACAGCAGUAGUCUGGCCGUGGGAUGUGAAGACGGCAGUCUGGUCAUACUCGACGUCUCUAAUGGGCCAGGCGUCGUGGAAUACAAGUUUGUCUUGACACGACAAAAGAGUCGAAUCCUUUCACUCGCUUUUUCUGGUGCAAACCUCAUUGUUGGAGGCUGCUCAGACUCAACGCUCAAGGUCUGGGAUUGCUCACAAGCACGAGGCGCGAUUGUUGCUCGCAUGUCUGCGGAUAAGGUCCGUGGCGAACCGACACUUGUAUGGUCGGUCCUCGUCCUCAAAAAUGGCAAUAUUGUCUCUGGCGAUUCAACAGGUGCCGUCAAAAUUUGGGAUAAGCGAUUCUACUCCCUGUCGCAAAAUUUUGACUUGCAUGCGGCAGAUGUCUUGUGUCUCGGUGCAAAUGAGCAAGGCGAUACCUUCUUCUCCGCAGGUGUUGAUCGCAAGAUGCACAUGUACAAAGCUGUCGAUGGUAAGAAGCGCUGGGCACAUAUCUCUGGUCGUCGUUUCCAUGCACACGACGUUCGAGCCAUUGCAACUUAUGAAGCACGAGGCAUCUCACAGAUUGUCACAGGUGGCGUUGACAUGCAAUUUGCUAUUUUGCCACUUGCUGAUUUCAUGAAAGAGAAUCAUCGAAUGCUGCCAGCAACACCACAACGGUCUCAUACGUGUCUUGCACGACAAGCACGACUCCUGAUGCUCUGGCAAGAUCGACAAGUCAAAGUAUGGAGACUAGGAGAUCAAGUUGAUUUCGAUGUUGAGCUGCCACAACAUCAGCUCGUCGCCAAGAUGAAUCUGAGAAAUGUUGGCAAUCUCUCUUGCGGUGCAAUCAGUGAUGAUGGACGCUAUCUUAUUGUCUGCACGCUCACAGAGACGAAGCUGUAUAUGCUGCUACCCUCAGCAUCGGGAGCAUUGAAACCUGCAAAGCUCAUCAUCGAUCAUCUCGAUAAUGUCGGCGCGCGGAGCGUCGUCUUUGCCGGUGACAGUAGUACUUUUGCACUGACACUACCAGACUCGACUAUCCAAGUAUACCGCAUCCAACAAGGCGAUGUCGAUGCAGAAGAUGGUCUCUACGACGUAGAUGUCAGUGAUCCCAUCGAGAUUGAGACACCAGACAGGACUGAGCGCAGCAAGAAGCAGCAGACAUACAUGAAGAGCGUCAAUCUGGUCAUCUUGUCUGAAGAUGGUUCCUUGUUAGCCAUGUCUGACUAUAGCGGGAGCGUAUGCAUCUACUCAACAGACAGUGGCAAACUCAUCAGCAGCCCGCCGAACAUCCCGGGUGCCAUCACAGCCAUGACAUUUGAAGGCAACGAGAAUCUCGUCUUGACGACAGCGAGCAUGGGAUUCCACCAAUUUGCAGUGGAUAGCGGCAGAGUCACACCUUGGUCUGCACUCAAUAGCGCCAACUUGCCCAAAAAGCUGACCGUUUUGCUUGACCACUGUCUCGGCAUACGCAUCGACAUGGAGAAACGGGCAUGGAUGUGGGGAUCUGCGUGGGUCGCAUUUCUGAACCUGAAUGAGAGUCUACCAGCUCCUCCUGUACCAAAACGGAAACAGAGUGAUGAGGAACCAGGGCAAGACUUGGUGGCGACGAAGGAUAGCUCACUCAAGGGAAAGUUCUGGAUCACUCUCAAGUACCGCCCACUCUUGCAUUUCGAUGUGAUGAAUGAGGCAGAGUUGGUGGUUGUGGAACGGCCCGUGAUGGACAUGCUGAGUGAGGCGGACAUACCAGCGCCAUUCUAUGCUAAGCGGUAUGGCACCGGAUAA